GCAUAAAUCGGGUGUCUGCGUUUCUAGAGGGAUUACCGCAUACUCUGCAGGCACGAUCAAGCCUCCGAAUGGGUGGCCUUGCCCGCGCUCUACGGCACUGGGAGUCGGCCUUUGCAGAGGACAAGGUUGCACAGAAGGCCGUCUACGUGACCGGUUUCGUUUGUGACCAUCCACAAGAUACUGAGGUCGGCGAUGGAGGAGGCAAGCGGAAACCUAAAGUGGGUUCUGAAUCCGUAGGUGCAGCUGGUCAGGAAGCGAUGACGGGUUUAUUGAACACGUACGCCAGCCUUCAUGAUAACGAUGGUAAGAGUGCAAGCGUCCAAUGCUAUCCCUCUCUUGUGCUUACGUGUUCCUCUUUCUUCUGA